AUGGAUGACGUCUCUCUUGGAAAUAGAAUUGCGCAAAAGGUUCUUGAAGGCUAUCGAAAGCUAGGGUCAUCUUGUAAACCUGGUACAAGGUCCAAUGGCGUGAAAGAAUGGACUGUUCUAGCUGGCAUAGUAGCAAUUGACAAAAAAAAUAGUGAUCUCAGAUUGAUUUCGAUCGCUACUGGCGUUAAGGCGCUACCAGAUGCAUUUUUGCAUCGUAGUGGUGGUAAGAUGGUUCACGAUUGCCAUGCAGAAAUAUUAGCACUGAGGGCGUUCAACGCAGUAAUAUUGGACCAAAUUGCAUAUUUGAACUCAAACUCAGACAAUCAAAUUGAUCUAGUGGAAAGGGCUUCUGAAGAUCAGCUCUUUCACUUUAAAGAUAACUGGGAACUAGCUAUUUACAUAUCUACUUUACCAUGUGGUGAUGCCAGUAUGGAUCUCUUGUGUCAAGAUGAAAGUAUAAUUGAAAUGCAAGACGAUGAUCCGAUCCAAUUCGUGGAUCCAGCAGUGACCAGUAUUGUCCGUGGUAGAUUCAACUAUUCUAGGAGACAAGUAGUAAGGACGAAACCUGGAAGAUUUGAUUCGCAAAUAACGCUUUGCAAAUCGUGUUCUGAUAAAUUGUGCCAAAGACAAGUAAUUUCAAUUCUAAACUGUAUGACAUGGAAGCUAUUGAAUAAACCAGUGUAUCUAAAAUACCUUGUGACCCCUAAUACGACAGAUCUUCUGCAUCAAAGUUUUUAUGAUCGAAUAAAAGUUUUGCCCAAUGUACCGCUGAAAGUACUUCAAUGCUCUUAUCAGUUUGAGCACGACAAACAUUCUAGUGAAGAGGAGCCGAGUGCCAUGUCAAGUAUCAAGCUCUAUUCAACCCCGGAAUCUACUGUGGAGCAAGCUCUUUUGAAUGGAUUAAAGAACGGGUUCUAUACAAAAGGCAAUAAACCACUGAGACGUAACUGUGAACCGGCCGUAAGCAGAUACGCUCAAUGGCAAUUAUUCAAGACCCUGAGACCAGAAUUUACCAAUGCCACAUACCUUCAGUUUAAGGCAACCAUCCAGGAUAGAAAUGCACUGAUUCAGGAUUGUAGAAAACUUCUUUCACCAAAAGGCUGGAUAUCGACAUCGAGAGACGACUGCGAAUGA